GCCUAUAUCCUCAAGAAACCUAGCUUUUGUUAUUUCGGUGCACUUUGUAGAAAAUCAACUGCUGCUAUUCUUUUGGAUUGUAUUCAGUAAAACAUGAGUGCCUAUUCAAAUGGUAGUAGAGACCAACUAAUUCAUGAUGAUCUCAACGUUCAACAAAUAGAAGCUGACGAAGACCUCUUAGAAGAGUUUCCUGAUGAUACAGAGGUGAUCGACUUGGUACAAUCGCGAAUUACCAGUAUCAAAGCUUUAGGACUCGAAAGAUUUCACCGACUUGAUAGCUUGUGUCUCCGACAAAACCAAAUACGAAAAAUCGAAAAUUUACCGAAAACCCUCACAGAAUUAGAUUUAUACGACAACCUGGUUCGUGAAAUCGAGAAUUUAGACGGGCUGGUUCACCUAAAAAACCUCGAUCUAUCAUUUAACAAUAUAAAAGUGAUUGAAAAUGUAAAUCAUUUAAAAGAGCUAGAAAACCUGUAUUUUGUCCAGAACCGUAUCCGCAAAAUUGAAAACCUGGAGGGAUUAAAUAAGCUUGAGAAUUUAGAGCUAGGUGGAAAUAAGAUCCGAAUUAUUGAAAAUUUGGAUACUCUGACGAAUAUCGAAAAGCUUUGGCUUGGUAAAAACAAGAUCACCAAGUUGGAAAAUUUGGAAAACCUUCAACGACUUUCCCUUUUGUCCAUUCAAGCCAAUAGAAUUACGAGGUUUGAAAAUCUAAAUUGCCUGUCUCAUUGUCUCCGUGAAUUGUACAUCUCACACAAUGGUCUUACCUCAUUUGAAGGCAUUGAAGUGCUGGAAAACUUGGAAGUUCUUGACGUUUCCAAUAACUAUAUCAAGCACCUUUCCCACUUGAAGGGGUUGAAAAAUUUACAAGAGUUUUGGGCUAGUAACAAUGAAUUUGCUUCUUUCCAAGAAAUUGAGGAUGAACUCGGUGGUUUGAGGAAACUAGAAACCGUUUAUUUUGAGGGCAAUCCUCUUCAGAGAUCCAAUCCUGCGCUAUAUCGAAACAAAGUUCGACUUUGUUUACCUAAUCUUCUUCAGAUAGAUGCUACACCUACGCGUUAAUGUCGUUCUUCAUGUUGGUUUUCUUUUUUCUAAAUCGUCGUUUUCAUUUUCUGUUAUUCAGUUGCAAACUCAUUGUCUUUACAUUUCAGAGUUUGUUUUCCUUUUGUCUAUCGUCUAUGUUCCUUAUAUUUUGAUCAUAUAAAACGCUGUCUAUAAUAAAGCUACUGUCUAUUUGCCUAUAAACUCAUUGAUCUCUUACUUCAAUAAAAACAUAUAAGAUAGCAACCUUUAUUUAAUAAUAACUUUCUGUAACGAAGUUUCGAAAUGGAAUAGAAGUUUUGGCCACUAGAUUUAUAAAAAAAAAAUUGGACUAGUGCUUUCAUGUAAAGAUGUUCUUCUUAAAGAUUCUUACAAGACAG